UCCAGAAAGUCGCGAGAACCAGGAAAAUCCAGUGAUUUUCCGCCAAAAAAACUAGGAAAAGUGAAAAUGGGCACGACGGUGGAUCAAGAAAAUCGGCUUGCUUCGUUGGAGCUCUCAGAGGAAGAACGGAAAUUUCGAUUUCGAGCUUGGGCAUUUCUGGCAUCGGUCGGAGCAACGGCAGCCGUAGCCGGUUUCAGUAAAGCAAUCAUGACCGCGAAAAAGUCCGAUCCGAAGUACUUCGACAAAGGUUUGCACGCCAGUCUGUCCCUGCAUGAAGCCGGCACCAGCCUGGCGCUACGGGCGCUUGGCUGGGGAACACUGUACGCGAUACUGGGAACCGGGACGAUCUGCUUCGGUAUUUGGAAACUGAGCGGAGCCAAGGAUAUGAAGGAGUUCCGUGAAUCGAUGGGACGAGCGUUUCCGCGUGUUCCGCGCAACGAUCCGCCGCGAAGCCGGACAGAGUUUGAUGGCUUAACUGAUCUCAUGCAGUACCUUUCGACGUGGGGAAGUAAAAAAGACGAAAACUAAGAUGCGAGAGCUUAUGUGUAGUCAAUGCCAAGAAGCUGCAUGCUUCUGUUGUAAAUACAAAUCUAACCAAGUUUAACAACCACUA